CCUAGGGAGUAUAUAUAUUCAAACAUUCAUGGGUGACAGGCAGACAUUUUUCUUCUUUUCGUUAAAAUAAAAUAAAACACCAUAAAGGUGCCAAAGAGAAAUAAUACAGGGGGGACAGGGCGAAACCAGCUCAAAACGCAGAAACUGAUCGCUCAUCGUCGUCGUCGUUGUGUAAUCUGAAAGAGAUAAUAAGAAAAUGGCAGAUGGUGAGGAUAUUCAGCCCCUUGUCUGUGACAAUGGGACAGGAAUGGUUAAGGCUGGAUUUGCCGGAGACGAUGCUCCCAGGGCUGUGUUCCCAAGCAUUGUUGGACGCCCUCGUCACACAGGAGUGAUGGUUGGUAUGGGACAGAAGGAUGCAUAUGUUGGUGAUGAAGCCCAAUCGAAAAGAGGUAUUUUGACUCUGAAGUACCCAAUUGAACAUGGAAUUGUCAGCAACUGGGAUGACAUGGAGAAAAUAUGGCAUCAUACCUUCUACAACGAACUCCGGGUGGCUCCAGAAGAGCACCCGGUGCUUCUCACAGAAGCUCCUCUUAACCCUAAGGCGAAUCGUGAGAAAAUGACACAGAUCAUGUUUGAGACCUUUAACACCCCUGCCAUGUAUGUUGCUAUUCAGGCAGUUCUUUCCCUUUAUGCUAGUGGCCGUACAACAGGAAUCGUACUGGACUCCGGAGAUGGAGUCAGCCACACAGUGCCUAUCUACGAAGGUUAUGCGCUUCCACAUGCAAUUCUACGUCUUGAUUUGGCUGGGCGUGACCUCACUGACCACUUGAUGAAGAUACUGACAGAGAGAGGGUACACUUUCACCACUUCUGCGGAGCGUGAAAUUGUGAGGGACGUGAAGGAGAAGCUAGCCUACAUUGCUUUGGAUUACGAACAAGAGCUAGAAACAUCAAAGACAAGCUCGGGUGUUGAAAAGACGUAUGAGCUGCCCGAUGGGCAGGUGAUCACCAUUGGGGCCGAGAGGUUCCGCUGCCCGGAGGUUCUGUUCCAGCCCUCCAUUAUUGGGAUGGAAGCUGCUGGCAUUCAUGAAACCACAUACAAUUCCAUCAUGAAGUGCGAUGUCGAUAUUAGAAAGGAUCUGUACGGAAAUAUCAUGUGGAUAGCAAAGGCGGAGUAUGAUGAGUCUGGGCCUUCAAUUGUUCACAGAAAAUGCUUCUAAACAACACAGUUUGCUCUUUUCCCCGUUCCCAUCCCCUUUCAAAGUUUUCAAUCAUAUUAAACUUCAUAUAUGCAUCAUGUACGAGAGUUGAAUUGUCCUCCAUUUAAAAUAAAAGUUUCAAUGGUUU